CCCACACAGAUUAAAGAGGAACAGGAGGAACUCUGGACCAGUCAGGAGGAAGAGCAGCUUCAAGGGCUCUUUGAUACCAAAGACUCCAUAUUCACUCCUUCCUGUGUGAAAAUUGAAUGUGAUCAGGAGGACCCACUUCACGAAGCCAUACUAGCUGAAUACCCAACUCUCAGUCCACUGAAAAUGUCUAAACUACAGUUGUUGCGUGUGUUUUUAAAUGAGCGUUUAACGGCAUCUGCUGCGAUUGAGAUUUUCAGUGCAGUUGAGAAAACGGUAGCAGAGUACCAGGAGGAGAAUGAUCUGCUACGGAGACUACUGAGGAUCACUCCGGAAAUACAAUUAUGUAGAAUAGACUCCCUGCAGCUCUCUGUCUCUGAAGAGGAGGUUCCCCCUGAGCAGCAGCACUGUGAGCAGGAGUGGAGCCCCAGUCUGGGGCAGGAGGACCCAGAGCCCACACAGAUUAAAGAGGAACAGGAGGAACUCUGGAUCAGUCAGGAGGAAGAGCAGCUUCAAGGGCUGGAGGCUGAUACCAAAGACUCCAUAUUCACUCCUUCCUGUGUGAAAAGUGAAUGUGAUCAGGAGGACCCACUUCAGUCCUUGACUCUUCCCCAAACCCAGACUGUGGAGAACAGAGAGAGUGACUCUAAACCAGUGGAUCUCAAACCUUUUGGCACUGUGACCCACCUAAAGGGUCUCUACAUUCCCUGUGACCCUCCAGAUAAUCAAAACAAUGCCUCCAGCCACCGCUCAGCCGUAAGCAGCGACCCAGUAGGACUUGACAGCAGUCCACUAUUGGAUCCCAGUUUAACAUUGGGGGAACACCGUUCCAAACCCAGCACCACGUCUAGAACAACUCACAGCUGCUGUGACUGUGGGAAAAGCUUCAGUAUCAAGAAGCAUCUAACCAGGCAUAAACUGACUCACACAGGAGAGAAACCAUUUAGCUGUGGUGACUGUGGCAAAAGCUUCUUUUUGAGGUAUAACCUAACCAUGCAUAUACGGACUCACACCAGAGAGAAACCAUUUAGCUGUGGUGACUGUGGGAAGAGCUUCAGUCUCAAGCAUACCCUAACCAAUCAUAUACUUACUCACACAGGAGAGAAACCAUUUAGCUGUGGUGACUGUGGGAAAAGAUUCAGUCAGAAGAAACUCUUAACCAAGCAUAUACGAACUCAUACAGGAGAGAAACCAUUUAGCUGUGGUGACUGUGGGAAAAGCUUCAGUCAGAAGGGACACUUAACCAUGCAUGUGCGAACUCACACAGGAGAGAAAUCAUUUAGCUGUGGUGACUGUGGGAAAAGCUUCAGUCAGAAGGGACACUUAACCAUGCAUAUACGAACUCACACAGGAGAGAAACCAUUUAGCUGUAGUGACUGUGAGAAAAGCUUCAGUCAUAAGGGAGAUUUGAAUAAGCAUAUACUGACUCACACAGGAGAGAAACCAUUUAGCUGUGGUGACUGUGGGAAAAGCUUCAGUCUCAAGAAUAGCCUAACCAAACAUAUACUGACUCACACAGGAGAGAAACAACAUGGCUGCUCAGUCUGUGGUAAAAGAUUCAUUCAGAAGACUAAUCUGUUGAGGCAUGUCAAAAACAACCACAAAGAAAGAGAAGAUGAAGGAACAAAGAAAGGAAAUUAGGACAGAGAGACUAAGAGUAUUGAGAUACACCCAGAGAGUGUAAUAAGAGUAUUGAGAUACACCCAAGAUCACCUGUGGACUCUUAACUGGUCCUCCUUAUCCUGCUCAGUCCAAUGUCACGCUAAUGAUCUAAUCUAUCUAUGUCCCUGUUGCUACUUUGUUAAUUAAAGGGGCAAUCGGAGGUGUAAACUACAAUUCAAGAUUUGGCAAGUUAGCCAGUGAAUUAAUUAAUUUGAAAUGUUUUGGUGGGGGUAGAUCAGCUUUAAUAUUGCUUAUUAUUAUUAUUAUUAUUAUUAUUAUUAUUAUUAUUAUUUAAAACCUUUAUUUAACUAAUAAAUUUAGCUUCCAUCAAUAAUUGUCUGCAUUUCCAAUCCCCCAUUUAUUUAUAUAUAUAU